GCUCGCUUUUGCUUCAGCUGCUAAUGGUUUAUCUGAGGGGCUGGGAAGCCGAGCUUCCUGGCAAGCCAGAAUAAAAAUUUCGGCGGGCUCUCUCAGGCUGGGCGAGGCGGGUUUUCUCAGCAUUUUUCUUCCACUUCUUCUUCGCCAGGGCUGAGCUGCAGUGGGCGUGGUGCCAGUUAUUCCCGCGAUGUGGAGGUGCUCGACGCUGAAGUGAGCUGGCGUGGUGGUUUCUCGGGUUUCUGGCCUCUCCAGACCAUUGUUUUCUGGGUGGGGAAAGCCCCUUUGGGCUCUGGAAACCUUUCGUCGCAUUCACGUCACUGCGAAGCUGUGUGUGAAUGUUCAGUUUCCAAGCUACGGUGCCCCUCCUUCCAGAAGGCAGAGCGGCAGGCGGACGGGUUGCGCUCAAUCCCUGCGAGCCGUCUAAGAGCCAGCAGUCAUCGUGUGGCACUGGACCGGGAAACAGGAGACCUGGUUUCUAAUCCCUGCUCUGUCACUAACAAGCUGUGUGAUCUUCGAAGCUUAAGUGAAAAUGGUACAUGUUAGAAGACAUGAAACAAGAAAAAGUUCUAAAACUCAAAUCCCUGAGCAGAAAUCUCGAGUUGAUUGGAGGCGGACUAAAAGAAGUAGUAUCUCACAAUUAUUUGAUAGCGAUGAAGAGCUUGAUAGCAAUGAAGAGCUUGAUAGUGAUGAAAGUAUUGAUGAGCUUGAUAGUUACAAGGGGCUUGAUAGUAUUAAAGAGCCAGAAAAUGAGAGACAGCUUUAAUUAAUUAAAGUUGAAAGUGAAGAAGACAACAGUAUGCGUCUCAUUAACAUUGGCAACAGUUUAACAUAUGAAGAAGAAAACAACAAAAGCAAACAUGGGAGUGUUGACUUACCAGAUCAUGAAAAGCAUCCAAGUCUGGAGGAUGAUGAUCUCAACCAACACACUGGACAAAUAAAAGAGGAGGAUAUAGAAGAAAACUACAUCAAACGAGGGAGGAGAAAAAGGAUAUCCUCUGUGAUGUAUGACAGUGAUGAGAGUGAUGAUAGUGAUAUCCUCAGAAAAGUAGGUGUUAAAUGUCCACGGAGAGUGGUUGAAGAUGAAUGUUCUUCAGUGGAGAUGGAGCAAAAAAAUCCUGAAAAAACUUUAGCUGCACGAAAGUGAGAAAAGCUCCAGAAACUGAAAGAACUCUCAAAACAAAGAUCUCAUCAGAGACGCACUAGUGGUAAAGAUUUUGAGGACUCUGAAGAGGAAUCCUGCCCAAGCAGUGAUGAAGGUGAGGAGGAGGAGGAAGAUGAUUACAUGUAUGAUGAAGAUGGAGAUGAUUAUAUUAUUGAUGACUUUGUAGUACAGGAUGAGGAGUGUGAUGAGAAUAAAAGCCAACUGAAAUUAGUAAAACAAAAUGCUCUUUGCACUGUUUACCUGCCACCUGGACAUAUGAAUCACAAGGAAACUCAAUUAAGAGGAAUCCUCUCUUUGGGAAUUAUAUACCUAGAAUGUGAUAAAACAUUUGCUGAGAGAUACCAACUAAUCCUGCUAAAUACUGAAUAUAAAAUUCCAAUUCUUUCAGUGACCACUAUACUCACUUUGAAAGAGUUGUGAAGGCUUUUCUGAUCAAUGCUUUAGAUGACUCUUUUCUGGGAACAUUGUAUGGUAAGUUAAGAGUAUGAAUGGAACAAUUUGUUUCUUUUUCUAAUUUUUAAAUAACCCAGCUUUAAAAAAUAUUGAACAAAACUAAGGAGAAUCUCUUAAGGCCCUCCAAAAAUCCAUUCACAUCCAAAGCUUGUUAGUGAUUAUUAGUGGCAAUUUUGUGGAAAGUAUAAAAGAAGCAUAUGAUAGGCCCAUGGACUUUUAGAAUUCACAGUGAAUUUGAAGAUAUAUAUGUACUCAUAAAAC